GUUGUUGGAGAAGAAAAGACGCUCUGGUGCGAAAGUGUAGAUUUUAGGUCAUUUUUAACCCGUUUUUAGCAAAAUUUAAGCUGUCUUAACAACCAUAAAACAGAGCGAAGGAUGCCAGAAAAUAAUAGGUCUUAUUCUCCGCGAAGAUCGACAAAUUCAAAGCAAGGCGAAGAAGGUACAAGCAAGCGGGAUGCUUCGUCGACCACGCCAAACAACAAGAAAGACGGAGGCUACAACAACAGGCGAAGCUUUUCCGGAUCUAAGAAAGAUAGAAAGUUCACCGGUCGCUGUCGAUUGUUUGUGGGGAAUUUGGGUGACUGUACAGAAGAUGAAAUGAAAGAAAUGUUUUCAAAAUAUGGCGAGGUGGCCGAGAUAUUCGUGAACAAAGACAAAGGUUUUGGGUUCAUUAGAUUCGAUACACGCUUGAAUGCAGAGGCAGCGAAAGCAGGACUAGACUUGACUCAACGCAAAGGCAAGACCAUCCGUGUACGCUUCGCAACGCAUGCUGCAGCAAUUCAAGUCCAUGAACUUGGGCCAUUUGUAACCAAUGAGGUCCUAGAGCAAGGAUUUUCGCAGUUUGGUGAUGUUGAAAGAGCUGUUGUGGUGUGCGAUGAUCGAGGAAAGUCUAAGAACUAUGGUGUUGUCGAGUUUGCACGAAAGAGCUCGGCUAAUGCCGCAAUGACUAAAAUCAAGGACAAUUUGUUUCUGUUGGGAAGAACACCAAAGCCGGUCUCAGUCAAGGCAUAUGCACAAGAAGACGAUGAAGAUGGACUCCCCUCAAAGAACCUUGAACGAAACAAUGGAUAUCAAAAGGAAACUGAGGUACCCCCUCAUUUUGCCACACGCGGUACCUUUGAGUUUGAAUGGGCUCAGAGGUGGCGGUCGCUAGAAGAAAUGGAGCAAACUAGAAGAGAUGCGCUUGAUCAACAGUUCAAAGAAGCCAGAGAAAAACUAGAAACUGAAAUGCAGCAAGCUAUCAAAGAUCAUGAAACGAUGUUAAUGAGACAGGCUGAAAUACAGCAAAAGCAGGAAGAAAUGAGACGGUACGAGGAACGACAACAUAGAGAAGAAAUGAGAAGACAAGAAAGAAUGCAACAAGAGAUGGAAAUGAGAAGACGAGACGAGGAGAGACGAUAUCAUGAUGAAAUGCGAAUGCAGGAAGAAGCGAGACAUAGGGAAGAGAUGAUGUUCAGGCAGAGACAAGAAGAAUUUAUGAGACGGCAAGACGAUAUGAUGAGAAAUGAACGUAUGGGACCCAUGCCAUUCUCACCCAGGGGAAUGCCACCACCAAGAGGGCCUCCAAGAGGAGACUGGGGACCAGGUCCUGGAAUGGGUCCAAUGGGAAUGGGCCCUGGACCAAUGGGACCACCCCCAAGAGGUCCCCCAAUGGGUCCUCGUGGACCAAUGCCAAUGAGGCCUGGUCACUUUGAGCAUGACAUGGAUCGGAAACGCGAACGUGCAGACCGGGACAGACUUGCCGCUAGGUCACGUGACCAUGACAAACGAAGGAAAUUUUAACCUGUGUUUAUGAGAGGAACUUUUCACAAAAGCAUUGUGUAACUUAAGAAAUUAUGAAAACAUACUCAGAAGGUGAAGGUUACUUAAUUAGAAAUAACAGUGAACUUUGUGUGGAAGACUUCAAGAAAAAAACGCCAUUGAUUUUAUUGAUAAUGUUAGAGUUUAUAGUGGAUAGCAGUUAGUUAUUUUGAUUUUUGUAGUUUUGGACUUAUUCAUGGUUUAUAUUUGAUAAUAGUUGCCAUGUACCAGUAGCAAAUUUAGCAAUGAUAAUAAUUUUGAUCUAGUUAUUUUCUGCUCGAUUCAAAGUGUGCUUCAACGUGUGCAAGUGCAUAAAAUUUUAUCUAGAAUGUUAGGUAUUAAACUUGUUAGGUCUUUAGUUCAUACAAGUCUAUGCAAUUGUGAAGUCAUGUACGAUUUGAACUUAAGGAUGCAUGAUGCAGUCAGAAAUUCAUGGGACAAGUAGCUAUUUACUUAAGUUAAUUUGGAUGUACAUGUAUGACCAUAAUAACGAUUGAAGCUUAUGCCAGCAUUGCAAGUGAAUUCCAAAAUGGCUGACGAACACAUUAAGAUGGAUGACGAAUAUCCUUUACAAGCAGGAUAAAGAUUUUUCACUUAAUAUUAAAAAAAAUAUUUUUCAUUGUAUUAAACUUUGUUUCAUUGACAGCGCUUCAAUAUUCCUAUCUUAUCUUAUAUUCCUUCUGGAUAGGAAAGAACAACUUGUUUAAGUAGUGAUUUAACUCUGAUGGGCUUUAGAAAACUCAAAAGCUAGUUUCGUAGUAAAAAAAAGCAAUAAUUACUAGUAUCAAUGUUAUAUGACCAUUCUUGUUAUUCUUUUAAUUGCUAGGCAGAGCCUAAAAACUAUUCUCAUACUACAUGUAUACUCAUUAAUGAAAAAAAUAGAAACCAAGCUAUUGUACUAUAUUUCCUGCAGCUAUGGGGCAAGUUCGUGUCUUGAGAUAAUGUUCCUAUGUGAUGAAUAAGAUUAUAAUAUGUUAUUUGUGCUUUGAGCUUGUAUAAACCAUGAAUAUUGUCCACCUAUUAUUAGCAAGUGUUCAAUAUAAAAAAGUGUAUCGCUUGUCAGUGUAUAUGAUAACAAUUGCUUUGUAGAGCGAUUAUUUGAUCGAGCGCUUUGAUACAACAUACUUGGGUAAAUGCUGACUAUAUGUAUCUUUUUAGCUAUAACUAUAUGUUAUGCCUUAGCUACAUUUAUUAAACUAAGGAUUACAUAAUGUACAUGUAGUAAUCAGUAAUAAAUGUUUUAUCAACUGUAAUUUAAAAUGACUCAAGUUUAUACUGCUCUUAAGAUCACUGUAUCACAAUGUUACUGUGAAAUAGCUGCUUAUGUUAAGUAACAAGAAGUACUCGAUAUCAACAGAUUGCAGACACGGAUAAUGCUUCUGCACUUAUCGCAAUAAAUAUUGUAUUACUGGAUAUAUAUAUGUAUUUUAGCUUUCUUGGCUUCAAAACACGAACAAGAGUGAUCUUUUGUA